CUAAGCGCGUCGUACAACCACACCUUUGAUGGCUUCUUUCUGUCCCAAACCAGGUUUUCUGUGCAUUUACUUCCUAUGAGCUAGAUGUUCGUUGUGAAGCUGGACUAACUAAGCAAUGUGUUAUCGUUUAUGCGUGUUGGUGUGUGUGAAUGCAAAUAUCCUAGAAUCAUGUCUGCUGAUGAACUAGGAUCUCGCUCCCCUAUCGAAUCAAAAGAUGUUUCAUCAGAUAUGAUGGUUAUUCAAUCCAACGCUGCAGCCGCAAGUGAGGAGCCAGCUGGCCAAGCAAGUUAUGCUGACGACAGUCCUUGUACAUCGCGACUGGAGGCAUCCGUGGAAGACCAUUCUUCAGUUGAAAGCCCAUCGAAUCUGAAACCCAAAGAAGACCGGUGUUCUGAAAAGGGAGUUGGCGUAGAUAUCUCUGGUGAUGAAAUCUCACGCGCACUACUGCAACGAAAACAGCCUCUUAUGGAGCUUGUUAGCUCCGAAGAAGGUUAUGUUCGACGUUUAAAGCUAGUGAAAGAUUUCUAUAUACCUGCCGUUUCUGCCUCCAGUACGGCUCCUCCGAGCGUUGACAAUGCUAAUCCCUCAGGAAUAGUGGGUUCCAUACCUCACGGUGAUUUCCAGAGCCCACCGCCCGUUGCUCCGGAGGAUCUAGCCGCAAGAUGGAGGAUUGUCUGGGGAAACUGGAUUCAACUGUAUGAAUGGCAUUCAGCAUUCCUCGAGAAACUUCUCAGUCUCGUAGAAAGUGAUCCAGAUCGUAUACCGAAACUCUUCAUUGACUCACGUGCUCGUCUAAGAUCCAUAUAUUCAAAGUACUGUGAAAACCACCGUAAGGCAGCUCUGAUAGCGGAGCAGUAUCGAGAUUUUUUUGAGGAACUACGCAUUUAUGUCGGUGAUAAAGAGGAUGUUGUUUCUCACCUCAUGCAACCCGUGCAACGUAUAAUGCGCUACCAACUUCCUAUUGCCGAAAUUUUGAAGUACACUCAGCGUGCGUGUUCACCUGAUCUUCUGCAGUGGAAAAAGACCUUGGAGAUUAUGAAGGAAAUCCCAAAGGAUACUCAGCUGAUUUUGGAGGCUGCACGAAUCGAUGGAUUUCCUGGAGUAAUAACUGCCUUGGGUAAUAUUCUGUUGCGUAGUGAUCUACUCGUAGCAACAACUACCCGUGAACAAUUGUUAGAAACCGUUAGCGCCUAUAGGACGUCCCUUCAGAAUGCGACUAGUGGUUCAUUUUUUGAAACAGUCACUUCACCAAAUAAAAUUCCUUCCUCUCAGGUCGGUCGUUUAGGAGUGAAUUCAGGCAUAUCACUUUCUACAGACACUUCAAACACACCUAUUUCGUCGUCUGCCACACCAACUAAUUUAGGUUUACCGUCUCCUGUUGAUGGUCUCAACCCAGUUGUCUCUGAAGGAAGUGGACUUUUCACAGGAAACUUGAAGUUUGUAGAAUCUCGUUUAUUUCUCUUCGAACAAAUGCUUGUGGUAACUGAGGAAGUCAAACCAAAACGACGCGUGACCACCAGUGAUACUUUUGCCCAGUCUACUUAUCAGUUCAAAGCUGCAAUAAAUGUCAACAAGAUGCGUUAUGAGUCUCAUUGGUACAACUGUCAGCUUUCAAGUGGUCAUUUAAAUUCAGAUGCAGCUACUGUUGAUCAUCUUUUGUGUGGUGCAUACUCACCUGAUGAUCUACGAUUUGCUGUCUUAGAUCAAACUCCUGGCAAGGAAGUUGUUUAUGUGAUUGACCCUGUUACUUGUUCAAAUAGAGAGGCGUGGGUCGUGCAGUUACGUGAUAUCCAACAUAUGCAGCAUGAAUUUUUGCUUGCACUUCAAGAUCCGAGAAGAUUUAACACGAGUACCCGUGAUGAAGGAUGGGCUAAGGACCCAUUGACACAUGAAACUCUGCCGACGUUUAAUUCAGAUCAGUCUAUUCGAACAGAUGCUCAGUUAUCUAUCUCAGCUUCAAUAAAUAAUCAAGUCAGUCAGCAUAGACAAAGAAAAUGGCCGAGUUUCACAAUGAAACGUCCAGUUAGAUUAGGUUCUAAUUCAUCUUCUGUGAACACUAAAGACAUUGGAAGUGGUAAACAUUCUACCGUUUUACGGCCAAAUAUCACUACCAAAUCAGAAUCCCAGGAUAGACCAAACUGUCUCGCUCGCUCAUUGUCUGCUGAACGUCAGCCGUCGAAUCGAGAUAAACUUGUGGACCCCAAGUUCAGUACAUGUGAUGAACCAACUGGUGAUGAUGUCUGUGAUUCGUCACUUUAUCGCAAAUCUUCUCAGAGUGCGAACAGCUCUUUAAAGCUGACCAACCAAUCUCUUGGUUGCAAACUGUCAGAAACUGUUUCACCAAAUGAAGUAAGUCAACAUUCAAAAGGUGGAUUAUUGAAGAAGCGAAAUGCUUUUGUUAACUUCUUUAGUCGUGGUAAGCCUAAACAACGGGGUAAACAUCAUCAUCAAAGUCAGCAUCAGUUGACUGUACCAUCAGGAUUACUGUCUGGAUCCGAGGAAAAUGAAAAUGUUGGCGAUUGUUCAUGUUCUAAUACUACUGAUGAUCGUGUUUGUGAUUCAGAAAUGAAUGUAGGCGAUAAUACAAUCGUAUCAACUGAUGUACUACAAGAUGUAAAAUCUCAUACUUUGGAAUAUGCAACAGAAUGAUAUGGUGUAAUAUUCAUAAAAUUGAAUUUGUAUCUAGUUUUCUAAAGUUAUGCAUUUCUCAUCUCUGAAUAUUUUCUUCAAGUUAUUUUACAGUAAAUGAAUUUAACAAAAUAAUAAUGAUCAGCUAACAUUAUAGCAUUUGGUCUCUUCUGAAGACCUUCAUAUCCGGUCACAAUUGUAUCACCGCCCCCUGCCACACAACCGUCUCUGUCUUUUUCUCUGUCACUAAUGUGAAGUCAUUGUGCAAUAAUAGAUGAAAAGCAAACUACGAUCUUUCAUUAUUAUUAUUAUUAUUAUUAUUAUUAUUAUUAUUAUUAUUAUUAAU